AUGGUGCCACACUGCAUCAUGCGUGCAGCCAUACGUCCAAGUGGCCAGCUUUCCAGAUUUGGUUCCUCUCCUUUCUCCUUUUCUCCACUCCCCCUCACUCCCCCUAAAUCCCAUUUCUCCCCCCCCACCCUCUCCUUACGCUCUCAUUACUCCCAUCUCUCUCGUUUCUCCUUCCUCCUCUCACUCCCAUUUCUACUCCCUCCUCUCACUCCCAUUUCUACUCCCUCCUCUCACUCCCAUUUCUACUCCCUCCCUCUCUCAUUUCUCCUCCCUCUCUCUCGCAUUUCUCCUCCCUCUCUCGUUUCUCCUCCCUCUCUCGUUUCUCUCUCCCUCUCUCGUUUCUCCUCCCUCUCUCGUUUCUACUCCCUCUCUCGUUUCUCCUCCCUCUCUCUCAUUUCUCCUCCCUCUCUCUCUCUUUUCUCCUCCAUCUCUCUCUCAUUUCUCCUCCAUCUCUCACUUAUUUCUCCACCCUCUCACUCCCAUUUCUCCUUCCUCUCAGUCCCACUUCUCGUCCUCCCUCCCAUUUGUCCACCCCCUCACUCCCAUCCUCGCUCUCCCCACUCUCUGGAUGCCAGGUGCCGCUGCCACUGUCUCGUGUCUCCUCACUGCACUGCUGGUGGUCAUCACUGCUGCUACCCAUCCCCUCACUCCCGUUCUUCUCCCCCACCCAUCUCCCCUCUCUCUGGAUGCCAGGUGCCGUGGCCACUGUCUCGCGUCUCCUCACUGCACUGCUGGUUCUCGCCGCUGCUCUUCCCCUCAACCACUUCACCCUUUCGCUCCCAUCCAUCCCUGCUCCCUCCUUUUCCCUCUUCGAUGCCAGGUGCCGUGGCCACUGCCUCGCGUCUCCUCACUGCGCUGCUGGUCCUCGCUGCUGCUCUUGUUUGCGCCCUCUAG